UCUGCGGAUGGGGGUGGGGACAGUUAGGAUGUUAGUGGAUCGGAGUGAAAAAACGUCGCUUAGUCGGCUCUUCUUCUAGCUAACACACCAUCCGCUGCUUUCUCUCAACACGACUUGUUUAGGCAGAGAUGAUAUAACCACCUUGACGGCGGCAUCUGCUUCUAUUCUGUUAGUAUGAUGCGUUAAUAACAACUGUUAGCCCUGGAGAAAGGAGGUCUGUCGGGAGUAAACACCAGGGCCUGUCACUUUGCUGAGCUGUCAUCCUCUGCACAUAGGGUACAUCAAGUUGGAGACAGCAAGUAAGAUGGCAGAGCAAGAAGUUUGUCCUCACCUGGAGUCAAUAGGGGAGGUCACUAAGGAGGACCUUCUCCAAAAAUCUAAGGGAACCUGCCAGUCAUGCGGAGUCGGGGGACCCAACCUAUGGGCCUGUCUGCAGAGUGACUGUUCAUAUGUUGGUUGCGGCGAGUCCUACGCUGAUCACAGCACUCUACACGCACAGGUUAAAAAACACAACCUGACGGUGAACCUGACAACCUUCAGGAUCUGGUGUUAUGUGUGUGAGCGGGAGGUGUUUUUGGAUCAGAGGCCUACACUGGUCCCUAUUCCAGCUGUACCCCACCACUGCAAAGCUACAGAGCAGGAUGCAGCUGCCCCUUCAGUAGGUCACCCUCUAAAAGCAGUACCGAUUGCAGUGGCAGAAGACGAUGGCUCAGAAUCAGAGGAAGAUGAACUUAAACCAAGAGGGUUGACGGGAAUGAAGAAUAUAGGAAACUCCUGCUACAUGAAUGCUGCUCUGCAGGCCCUGUCCAACUGCCCUCCACUCACCCAGUUUUUCCUGGACUGUAGUGGAUUGGUGCGGACCGAUAAGAAGCCGGCGCUGUGUAAAAGCUACCAGAAACUCAUCUCAGAGCUCUGGCAUAAGAAACGGCCCAGCUACGUUGUUCCUACCAGCCUGUCCCAUGGCAUCAAACUGGUAAACCCAAUGUUUCGAGGUUAUGCUCAGCAGGUGAGCACCCUGCAAGACACCCAGGAAUUCCUGCGCUGUCUGAUGGACCAGUUGCACGAGGAGCUGAAGGAGCCGCUGACAGAGUGCAGCAUGAGCAGGGAGGGGAGUGACGGGGAAGAACGGCGGGAUGGAGACCGUUCGCCCUCCGAGGACGAAUUCCUGUCCUGUGACUCUGGUUCUAGCAGCGACCGGGGAGAGGGGGGAGGACUGGGGGAGGGGGAGCUUCUCUUGCAGGACGAGUGCGAUGGGUUUCGGUCCCCAUCUGUAGGUGUGGGCUUGGGGACGGUUAUCUCGGAGAAGGAGAGGUUGAAGGAAAAGAGGGUGUCCGGUUCUCCCCUGCACGGAGGCUCUCAAGAGAUGGAUGAGGAUGCAGAUGUGGACACUGCAGCUGAGGAGGGGCCACCGGAGAGGAGAGAGGAAGAGCCGUCAGCACUCAGUGCAAACACCGAGGUCCAAGCUCAAGAGGACAACCAGACGUCUGCUGCAGGACAGGCACAGGUCGAAAACACCACUGCCUCAGAACCAGACAAUGAAGCAUCAAUGGCUCAGCCACAGUCCACUCCCUGCAGUCCUGUACGGACGCUGCAGGAGCUGCAUCCCAAACUGUCCUCCAGUCCUCCCAGGUCCAGCCCGCUCCACUCUGCAGGACCCGCCUACUCCAUUAAGAAAGCUCAGCUGCUGCUCACCUCCAGGAAGAAGAAGCAGUCUCACUAUCGCAGCAUCAUCUCGGACAUCUUCGACGGCUCCAUCCUCAGCUUGGUUCAGUGUUUAACUUGUGACAGGGUCUCCACCACUGUAGAAACCUUCCAGGACCUUUCUCUACCGAUCCCCGGCAAAGAGGACCUGGCUAAGCUCCACUCGUCCAUCCAUCAGAACCUGCCUGUAAAGACCGGCGUGUGUCCAGACAGCUACGGCUCGCAGGGCUGGAUCUCCUACAUCAUGGACUCCAUACGGCGGUUUGUGGUUUCCUGCAUUCCAAGCUGGUUUUGGGGUCCCAUGGUUACGCUCGAAGACUGCCUCGCUGCCUUUUUUGCUGCUGAUGAGCUCAAAGGAGACAACAUGUAUAGCUGCGAGAGAUGUAAAAAAUUGCGAAAUGGUGUCAAAUACUGCAAAGUGCUGAAACUUCCAGAGAUUCUCUGCAUUCACCUGAAACGUUUUCGUCACGAAGUCAUGUAUUCGUUUAAGAUCAGCAGCCAUGUCUCCUUCCCUUUGGAGGGCCUCGACAUGCAGCCCUUCCUGGCCAAAGACAGCCCGUCUCAAGUCACCACGUAUGACCUGCUGUCGGUCAUUUGUCACCAUGGCACAGCAGGAAGUGGACAUUAUAUAGCUUACUGUCAGAAUGUGAUCAAUGGCCAGUGGUACGAGUUUGACGAUCAGUAUGUGACUGAGGUGCAUGAGACGGUGGUUCAGAAUGCAGAGGCCUAUGUGCUUUUCUAUAGAAAGAGCAGUGAGGACUCUGUGCGAGAGAGACAGAAGGUGGUGGCUUUGGCCAGCAUGAAGGAACCCAGCCUGCUGCAGUUUUACAUCUCUAGGGAAUGGCUGAACAAGUUCAACACUUUUGCUGAGCCAGGUCCAAUCAGCAAUCACACCUUCCUUUGUCAGCAUGGAGGAAUCCCACCCAACAAGUACCAGUACAUCGAUGAUCUGGUUGUGAUAGUUCCUCAGAAUGUUUGGGAGUAUCUUUACAACAGUUUUGGAGGCGGGCCUGCAGUCAACCACCUGUACAUGUGCGCCAUCUGUCAGGUGGAGAUCGAAGCUCUGGCGAAACGCAGGAAAACUGAAAUCGACACCUUCAUUAAGCUGAACAAAGAGUUUCAGGCUGAGGAGGCUCCAUCAGUGAUCUUGUGUAUCAGCAUGCAGUGGUUCAGAGAGUGGGAGAGCUUUGUGAAGGGAAAAGACAAUGAGCCGCCUGGUCCGAUCGACAAUAGUAAAAUUGGUGUUAUGAAAGGAGGACACAUAACGCUGAAGCAAGGAGCAGACUACGGACAGAUCUCAGAGGAGACGUGGCAGUAUUUGUUGGGUAUAUAUGGCGGGGGUCCUGAGAUCGCAGUGAGGCAAACGGUGGCCCCAGCUGACCCAGACGGGCUUCAUGGAGAGAGGAAGAUUGAAGCAGAGACUAGAGCACUUUGAUAUAAAACUGAGGUCUGGUGAUAAAUUUCCACUUCUGCCCUCACAUGAAGCUGAGGAAUUUGCACGUCGGUGAAGAAGCAUUAUGAGCACUUUGUAAAUGUAGCAAUGUCUUAUUUUGAAGCUGCAGGGGGUCAAAGCGGGACCUAAAUAUCAGUUUCUUCAUCUGAUAGCUCUGAAGCUCAGUUUUUGUGUCAUGUCUCUGCAGCUGUUUUGGGUAGCUGUAGGUGUCUCAGUGGCUGCUCUAGUGAUAAGACGUCAUGUGCUGCUUCUCAACUGGCUGUGGCAGGCGCCCAACACAUGGUGUCACUAAGCGGAACGGUGCAGUGAUCGUUGCUACGGGGCUAAUUUGUAGUGCGAGGACUGCUUGUUACGCAAGAAGCAAUUAAGAUGAAUUACCAAGCUUGCUGAUGUUUGUCUGUUUAUUAGUUACAUAGCAACAAGCAGACAGAGGAGAUCUCAAAUGAAUGAAACUCCUGCAACUUCAACCUCAACGUGUACCGAGCCCUCAGGAAUGGAAAGGAUUUUCUGUUUGUUUGUUUUGGCCAUGGAAAUGACCGAAACAGGUUUGUUUAUAACUGCAAAACAUGCAUGUGUGGGUUAUGCUCAGUCAUUUCUAGGCUCUAGCUGCAUGCGGCUGUAAGGUUUUAUUCCUGAAUGGCUGAGAGGCUCAGUUGUUUUGUUUAAAUGGUUCGUUUACAUACAGAAGACUUUGCUUUUGUAUAGUCUAUGUUAGCGCUAUCAUUAAAGGGGGCAUAGGGAGCUUGUAUAGAUUUGAAUGUUAACAUUUCAUUAAUUGAUAAGCAGCAUGGAGAGGACGUAUCUGAAGACAUAAGAGAAUCUUGUGUUGUAGGUUUCUUUUACAGGAAGCACAUUGCACAGUUCUUCAGACAUUAUCAGUGGCUGUUUUAGAUCUAUUGCAUUAUUUCCAAUCAGAUUUAUCAUACAAAGGAAUAUUUAGAGAAACUCUGAUUUCUUUGUUGAACUUUAACUUUUCUUCUGGUCUCUUAUGUUUGCUUAGCAGAGGGUUUGAAGAUCCAUAUGUAUCACGAUAAAGUGUUUUCUAUCUUGGACUCUUUGCUUAUGUGUUUGCUUAAAUACGGUUUAAUGAAUGUUUAUGAUAUAAUGCAGCCAUAAAACCUUUAGUUUGAAUUAAAAUGGUUCAGGUUAGGAAAAUAUGGAUUUAUGACAAUUCCUAAAAAUUUAAGGGGAGCAAGAAGUCAGAGGAAUUGCAGUAAAACUUUUCCAGAUGCCGUUUAAGAUUUGAUAUCCUCUUUUUUUUUUUUUUUCUCAGCACAUUUUCCAAUGUAUCUCUCUCUCUUUCUCUCUCCCUAUCUCACUCAUAUUUUUCAUCAGCGGCUCAUUUUGGCAGAUUCAAAGUGCAAUGAAUCAAGCCACAUUCACCUAAUAAAACCUUUAUGUGGCAUAAAUAAAUGACAAGUUCCAUUCUAUCCAACGUCAAUUUUACCAAGCUGUUCACCCAGGAGUU